UUGGACUGUUAUAUUUAAUUGUGUGACUAAUCAACGCCUGUCUAGCGCAAUGACGUGGAAAUUUUAACCGACCUAUUUUAUUUGUUCAUUUAACAAAAAGCAUAAAAAAAGAAAACGGUAAAUGAAAAAAGAGGUGUUGGGAACUUUUUCUCAUUUCUGACAUCACCCUUCAUCUUCUUCGCUCUCGAAGACGAAGAGAAGAACGCUAGAAAAAUAUUCCUCCAAAAUGAACCUAGUUGGUGGAUCAAUCUGCGUUGGAGUGGGGUCGGAGGACCUUGAACAUCAGCAGCCAUGAACGAAUUAUUCUUCGACUCCUUCUCCUGCUUCCGCAAUGACGAAGCUGCUUCCCUCGGCCACCACGUCGGCCAGCUGUCUGAGAUCCCCUCCACCACCGGCAGCGAGUCCAUUAAGGACGAGCUCAAGGAGCUGGAUAAGCUCAAUUCGACCCUCCACAACACCAGGGAGGCCAAGGACCUCUUGGCUCAAAUGGACGCCAAUGUCUCCACCGCUCUCAAGAAGGCCAAGCUCAUCAAGGUCCGCCAGGAGUCCCUCAACGGAUCCAACACUGCCAGUCAGAGCGUUCCCGACUGUGGACUCGAGUCGUCUUCUGAUCAAAUCCGGACUUUCGUGGUCAACGAGCUGUAAAAGAAAGCUCAAGGACUCGAGUUAUUGGGAUCAAUUGAUUUUUGACAUGGGACCCUUCUGUGACCUAGAGGUCUUCUGUUUGAAUCCUGAUGACCCCCAUAUGUUCUGUUAAGCACAUGUUAUUCAGACCUGUGCAAACAUCAAGCUCGUAUUCAUUUGAGGCGGUGUGUUAGUCAAUGUUAUAUGAUCCAUAAUUGACAUCUACCAACAACUCGAGAUAUUGAGAUCAACUGGUUCUUUACAGUUAAGGGUGUCAACGAAUCACCAUAGUCACCAAAACCCCAAGCAUGAUGUCAGCAAGGAGUCCAUCUUAGACAACUUUUCGUCAAGAUGUCUAUCCAGGUCAUAGGCGGACCCAAUAAUUUUAAAUAGGGGUG